AUGUCCACUCCUGCGGCGGAGAACUUGCAUAAAGACCCGGAAACAGGGGAGAUGCGAGCUCAAGCGUCGUAUCAAGGAGAGGAAAAGGCUGCAAAGAAGGCUGCGGCACCACCUCCUCCGGCAGGAAAGCCCAAGGCCGAUGCGGGUCCUAGUGAAGAUGACCUGACUCCCAACCAAUACUUUGAGCUGCGCUCCCGCCAAAUUCAGAAGCUGCGCCAGACUCAGGACCCCGAUCCUUAUCCUCACAAGUUUGAAGUGACUCAAUCUAUCACAUCUUAUAUUCGGGAGUUUGGCCCCGAUGGAGUUGUUGAAAAUGGCGGAUCCCUUCCAGAUAAGAUUGUAUCUUUGGCGGGACGUAUUCACAAUAUUCGAGCAUCUGGUGCCAAGCUGAAGUUCUACGAUCUUCAUGGAGAGGGCGAUAAGGUCCAAAUCAUGGCUAUGGCUCAGGAUUCUGAAUCACCCGACCAAUUUGUUGACACUCAUGCGAUCUUCCGCCGUGGUGAUGUCGUUGGUGUUACUGGGUUCCCUGGCCGCACCAAGAAUGGGGAACUGUCGAUCCGUGUCAAGAAGAUUCAGCUCCUAGCCCCCAACCUGCACCAGCUUCCGACACAACACUUUGGUCUCAAGGAUCAGGAACAACGGUACCGCAAACGAUAUCUGGAUCUUAUUAUGAGUGAAGACUCGCGCCGAGUAUUUGUUACUCGCAGCAGGAUCGUAAACUACGUCCGCAGGUUCCUCGACUCUCUUGGUUUCCUGGAGGUUGAAACCCCUAUGAUGAGCAUGAUUGCUGGAGGUGCUACUGCCAAACCUUUCGUCACGCACCACAAUGACUUGAAGCUCGAUCUAUUCCUGCGUAUUGCCCCGGAACUCUACCUAAAGGAGCUCGUGGUCGGCGGUCUCGAUCGAGUAUACGAAAUUGGUCGCGUGUUCCGCAACGAAGGCAUCGACAUGACACAUAAUCCCGAGUUCUCCAUCUGCGAGUUCUAUAUGGCCUAUGCAGAUAUGUACGACCUGAUGGAUUUGACUGAGAGCAUGAUCACUGGAGUGGGCAAGGAUGGAAAGCCUCCAAGAGUUAUGGAGAUGGAUUUCUCUAGGCCAUGGAAGCGAUAUGAUAUGAUUGAGACACUCGAGGAAAAAUUGGGCGUCAAGUUCCCGCCUGGCGAGACCCUCCACACUGAGGAGGCGAACAAGUUCUUGAGGGACUUAGCUGCCAAGCAUAAUGUUGAUUGCAGCGAACCCAAGACCAAUGCUCGUCUCUUGGACAAGCUUGUCGGUGAAUUUAUCGAACCUCUAUGCAUCUCACCUUCGUUCAUCGGUACGCCUCGAUCGUUUGUCUGUCAUGUCUCCCUUGCCAAGCGACACCGAUCUCGUCCUGGCCUUUGCGAACGUUUCGAAGGAUUCAUGUGCACCAAGGAAUUCUGUAACGCAUAUACCGAGUUGAACGAUCCAUUUGACCAGCGCGAGCGCUUCGAAGAGCAGGCAAGGCAGAAGGAACAAGGUGAUGACGAAGCUCAAGGUGUGGACGAGACUUUCCUGAAUGCCCUCGAGCAUGGCUUGCCGCCCACCGGAGGAUGGGGUCUCGGAAUUGACCGUCUUGUUAUGUUCCUAACUGACUCUGCCACUAUCAAGGAAGUCUUGCUGUUCCCGGCCAUGAAGCCCGAUGUUACGGCGUCUGCGCCCGGCGCUGCCCCGCCUCAGGGUCAGAUAUAA